AUGCCUCACAAUGGUGGUAAGCCUACCUGUUACCUUUUGUCUUUCCUUACUUCUCAUACUUAGAACAAGGAUAAUGAUAUGCUUUUUGGGGGUCUUUGUUGUUUUUUUCCUUCAGGGUCAUUGAGUGCGUGGAGUCAUGUCGCCGGCCACACUGCUGCUGUUUCUGGGACUGUCCUUGUGUCAUGUGACCUGUGUUUUUGGUCAAACAUUUAACUUCGCCGCUGAUCCUUUCACUUUUGAGCCAUCAUGUGGACUGGAGAAUCUCAACGGCAACUGGUCUGCACAAGGCACAUUAACGAUAACUGCUGCUGAGUUGGCCGGCGCUAAUCCGCAAAUCAGCAUACAGACGACAUCUGAG